UCCAUUCCAAGAGAUUUUUAUUUCUUUUAUCAUUCAAAUGUUUUUGAAUCGCGUGAUCAAGUGUAUGCCUGAGUGUAACCUGUUGCUCACAGCUAUCAUCGUUUUUGACGAAGGUUUGUUUCGACUUGAAUAGUGUGUCUUCUUCAGCAUCGACCACUGCUUUUAUACCUGAAAUCUUGAUGAUGAUAUUGAUGGUAAGACAUAUGAGAAGAGAAAAAGCACAAUAUUUUUUCUAAAUAAGAGACCUAUUUGCGAGCAUCUUGUUAUUGUUGUUGUUUUAUAUGGCGUCGUAACUUUGAAUAAUAAUUUAAUAAAUGAAAUUAAAUUCAUUCACAAAAAACGUCAAUUCGAUUGCUAUUUUGUGAAAAAGGUGGUCAUCGUUGUUGUUCGUCAGAUGUUUACUAGUUGGCCUUCAAAUGUACUCCUUGAUGUAUUGAUAAUAUAAUCAUUCAUUUAAUCAAUGAAAAUUUCCCAAAAAUCAGCAUUAUUGAUCAUUACCUCUAUCUAUAACCAACAUUAGACGAUCAGCAUUUUUGAAAAUUGAAUUUUCUAUCGUGCCAUAAUCAUAUAAUCUUUAAAGCUCUUCAUUGUUGCACACUAUUUCAUUACAUUACAUACAUCCAAAAUGAUGGCUGAUUAUUUGUACAGAUUUUCAUUGGCUCUAUUUGCCACUUCAUUCGUUAUGAUCAAUGCUGAAAUUUCCGAUUCCGGUGCUCAGCAAAAUAAACCCGAAUUUAAAGUAUUGGGAAAAGAUCUUGAAGAAGCAAAAGAACGAUGGAUGGAAUUAGAAGAUUGGGGUGAUGAUGAUAUGAUGCAGCAUCCAAUCGAUGAAGGUCUUCGACGUACACAUCGUGAACUUGGCGAAAUCUGUACCUAUUCACGUGAUUGUCGUUCCGGUUGCUGUCAAUUGGAUCGUGAGACUAAACUUCGUUCCUGUCAACCAAAAGCAAAUGUAGGCGAAAAAUGUACUAAUGCACAGGUAAAGGCUGAUACUUAUGUUGAUGCUUGUCCAUGUGUUGCUGGUUAUGAUCAUUGUUCAUUUCCCAAAGAAGUGUGCACGAAAUAAAACCCCACCCAGAAUAAAUUCGUCAUAAUCAUAUUCUAUUAAUU